AUGAAGCGAUAUAUGAGUUCCAGAUCUCUCGAGGCCAUCAUGGGUCUGGUGGGCGACGAGGACGAUAGCGAGUACUAUGUGGCUAGGGACGAGGAGUUUACCGACGCCAAGCAUGCCCAAGCGGCGCAUUCUACUACCGUCGGAAAUACCAUAUAUGCCGUUAGCAAUCAGUCCGCAGAGAGGUUUAACCUCUUUUUUGAAGCAUCGCUUCAAUGGCACCUCCUGUUCGACCUUGAGCCGUCGGCGCAUGGUGUCAAGCGCCCUCGGAGCGAGGACGACUCCGAGGCUGCGUAUAACCCUGCCCUGGAGGAGCAGGUUCGCCGCGUGAACGAGCUGGGGACCCUCACCACAGACUCGAGCUUCCAGAAGAUGAUGAAAACCCCACACGCACAACUGCACAAACACCAGGCAGACCUGUUCGCGGCUAUGAAAUCCUACGAGAAGAUAGUGUGGGUCGUCGAAACGGGCGGCGGCAAAUCGAUAAGCUUUGCGCUCCCGGCUUACGCGCAACCCGACAGCUGCACCGUCGUCGUGCAACCUACCAAGGCGUUGCAAAAACACACGAAGCAAUCUCUGGAACGCUUGGGUAUAUCGGUUGCCAUCUACGACUCUCGGCCCCAAGAAACCGCCUCGUCCGUCGUGCUAGUAACGCCCGAAGCUCUGUCCUACAUGGAAUGGCAAGCCUUUGCCCACAGAAAGCGACUAAGACACGAAAUAGAUAGAGUAAUACUAGACGAAGCCCACGACGUCCUAUUGUCGUCCGAAGAGUGGAGGCCUAAGGUGAAGAUGAUACGUGAGUCGCUAGAUCAGAUCUCUCAUCGCCAGCUCUUCAUCACCGGAACUUUGCCGCCUUCCCAGCAGAGCCUGUUCAUGAAACGCCUGGGCUUGGAUCAUCCCAAUUCUGCCGAACAGCUGAUCGUCUUGCGUAACAAGACUACCAGGGACAACAUCCGUUACGAAUAUAUGGACGUCGAGAUACACACAGACCUGCCGCAGGUCCUCAGGGACUUAAUUACCACCGUCACCGAGCAGAAGCGGCGCGCCAUCCUGUUCUCCAUGUCGACGGCAGAGUGCGAUACGCGUGCCCUUACCCUCGGUAUACCUUCGUACCAUCGUAAAAUGUCCCCCCAAGAACAAGCAAAGGCCCUCGACAUGUGGAACCAAAAUCGAGGAGCCAUAUCGGCUAGCACGUCUCUAGCCUACGGGAUCGACUAUCCAGAUGUCUCCCUGGUUAUAUGCGUAGGGGCUUAUGAUAUGAUGACCCUGUGUCAGCAAUUCGGUCGAGCCGGCCGCGACGGCAAACCAGCUGCCGCUAUCCUCGCGGCGCCGCGGCAUUCUCUGGGUGAAAAGUUACGCGAUUUCGCCACCGCCUCAUGCCCACGCUACGCGGUAGGCCAGUACCUAGACGGAAAACCCCAGCAGUGCGGCCCUUUCCACAACGCUUGCACCCCGUGCGCCUUGCGUUUCUCGCGCGCGAUGAACCCACAUCUCCCGACCCCCGCGUCGUCCGAGUCGGUAUCCCGCCCGAGCAGAGAAGAGCACUCGACAUUUCUCACGCCGGCACGAUCCGGCACUCAACAUACCUUUGACCUUCCGUCAUCGUACCGCUCUCAGAGCACCUCGUCCCACUCUACGAUCAACCCAUCCUCCGCCGAUGUUUUCUCGCCGCCCUCCGCCCUCGGCAGCUUCAACGCGCUCUCGGUGAACACGCCUACUCGCAGCAGCCCUAGGAACAGGGCCACGCCCAAGACGACCGCCGUACCGCGCGAGGUGGCAGCCAACACCAUACGCAAGGACGGAGACGCGCGGCAGGCCUAG